AAACCUCAACAAUGUGUGCAGGGGAAAAACCGAAUCUGAGCAGAUCUACAAGCUGUUGGAAUUGCUUCCAAAGCGAGGACCAGAAGCUUUCCACAAGUUUGUGUCGGUGUUGGAGGACGACUACUUUUGGCUUGCUGAGCUGCUGACCAAGGCGGAACCAGCGAGACGCAGAAGUCACAACGAGUCUGUGGCUGCUGAUGCAUCUCAAAAUGACGAAAUGCCCAGAGAACGAAUGACCUGUGACACUGACAUCAAGAAACUAGUUGGAACUUUCGUGCACAAACAGUUCGGCCAGAGCAAGAGGAUCAACGAGAAGGACAAGAAGAUGAUGGAGAAGUUCCUGACGGAGCAGAUUCAGACAGAACGAGACCAAUAUCAGGCAAUGCUUCGCUCGGUUACACCUGCAUCCUCCGAUAUGUCUCGCGAGGAUGGGGACGAUGAAGUCUUUCGAAACAUCGAGAUUCAGGAACAUCUGGUCCGCAUGUACAUUAAGAUCAACAUCCACCUCAACGCAGACGACCUACACGAGGGCAGCAUUCUUCCAGAGGAUCUCAGUUUCGAUGUCAUUGUCGAGAAAUUAGAUAAGCUGAGUGAGAAGAUAAGGAGAUUGGAAAGUCAGACAGCGAAAUGUUUGGGCUACUUCGAGAACUCUCCACAGGGCGCGUCCUUGCCGCAGCUGGUGGCAGAACUGCAUUCAACGAAUGUCAGAAAUCAGAAGGAGCUGAAAUUGAAAAAAGAUGAAAUGGACAAACUUUCGAAGGAAGUAAACCACUUCGCUGAUGUUAUUAACAGAUUGGAGAUCGAUAGAGGUAGCGUACGCCGUGAACGUCAACAAGAAAAGAACCAACACCAGCAGGACAUGGCAGUCCUGUUGGAGAAAAUCUCGCAGCUCGAGAAAAUCAACAGAAAACUUGUCGAGGAGAAAAUGUCGGCAGUUGCCUCUCAGAUGGCGCGGAACUCGGUGCUUCAGGAGCCUGUGAUAGACGUGAGUAACAGGAGGCGUAGAACUAACUACAGAAAGCAAUCCCAGGUCAGAAAUGCACCCAAGAAAAAAGGAAAACCCGGAUUUAACAUUUAAAUCAGCAGCAAAAGUUAUUUGUAGAAUUUUCCUUAUCAGUAAAUUAUGAAUCAGCAUCUCAUAGUGUUAUCAAUUACCACUGGGACUCGAAAGCUUGGAAACAAAAGCAAUCGAGAAGUUUGUGGUGGCGUUAUGAUUUUAAACAUUUUCUCUAAAAUUUACAUACAUCAGUUACUGGAGGACUUUCAACGAAAAAGUAAUGUUUGGGCUUUUAUCAUUAUGAUAGAAUAUUGUUAAGUGAUUAUGUAAUUUAACACGUCCUUUCAAGGAAAAGAAUGAAAAUAUUUCUAAAAUCGUUAUUUCGUAUAUACAUUAAUCUCACAUCUUAGUCUUAAUGAGUACAUUUGUCAUUGUUGUCAUCUGACGAUAGCUUUUCAUUGCUGAAAGCUUAUGCUGUUUAGGUGGAUGAUUUGUACGAAAUGUUUUAUAAUAUUAUCAUACGAUGAUAUAGUUUGUAGACAAAUUGUGUGUAAAUUUAUUUAUUCGCUCACUCAUUAACCUAUUCACCCCCCUUCCCUAUCCACAGAAUUUUGAUCGUUCGUACGUGGCCCCUCUCUCUCUCUUACAAGCGUAUCUGAAAUCUUAUAAUUGAGCAACUUUUAAAAUUUCCGUUAAAAGUGCAAAAAAAACCAAAAACCACUCUAUGCUUCCUCUAGAAAGUUACGGGGUGGGUGUGGGAGUGGGUGAGAGGUACUACCCUAUAGACACAGUGUUUAAAAACCGCUGCCGACCGCAAGGGCACGACAGUCAAACCGAUAAAGGGAGAGAACCAACUACUGCAGGCACUUUGGUUGUAGGAGAGUUGCUUUUCUUGAUUUCGUUCCUGGGUAAAGACAUCGCAUAGCACGAAACUCGUGUCCACCGAUCUUCAUUCUGAAAUUCAUGAUUAACUAUUUAUGGAUGAUGAGUGGGGAAGAGUGGAAGUCAUUAAAACCGAAAAAAAGAAGUUUGUUAGACCUCGGAUAACUUUGCCCCACUUGUCAUUAUCUGUCUUUCACUGUUACAAAUAUUACAUGCGACUGGUGACCAAUGACCUCCCACAAAUGCAUGCACAGCACGUGUGGACACUCCUCGUGUAGAGUUGUUAUUAAUGUACUAUAGAUACAUCUCGCUGAGCAGUGGCCACAUGUCGACACGAACUCAGUGUCAGACGACAUAUUGUAAAAGUGUUAACAAAAUUGGUUGAUUUGCUGGGAAAUUCCUUAAAGUUCAUGGUGUCAUGAUGGUCUGUCUGUGUGCGCGCGUGCUUGUUAUGGGGUAAACAUUAAUAUACACUAUGGAAAAUGUUAAUAUAUAAAACAAACUUACUGACUAAUCAAUUAAAUAGAAUUUAAUUGAUUAAAUAGAAUUUAAUUGAUUAAAUUGCU